AUUAAUUCAAUCAAUAAUAUAAUUUUUUCAUGCGAUAUUUUUUAAAUAAUUUUCAUAAGAAUUUACCAUGCGCAAGGUACAUGUCUUAUCCUAGUAUGCAUCUUAAAGUAGUUGUAUUUAUUUUAAAUAAGAAGUUAUUGAAAUCAUCAGUCCAAAUCUAAAAAAGGAGGAAGCCGAUUACCAAAACACUCAGUCCAAGUGGUUAUUCAAUAUCGAAGCAAGAAUAUUGAUGCAGCGUCAUCAUGCUUGGACGCCAAGGAAACCAAUGUUACGAAUCGUAAUUUACGAUUAGGCUUUAAGUUUUCCUUAUUAUUAUUAAGUUUAUUAUUUUCUUUUUAUUUUCUCUUUUAGGAUACCGAAAACCCUAGAUGAGAGUUUUAUUUAUAGUCUUUGUAUUCCUUUAUUAGAAAGCAGUUUUUGAUAAUUAAUAAACUAAAGAGUUUCUCUUUUUCCUUGUUUUUGAUUUGAUUAAAUUCAUCAAUACAAGAAGUAGGUCUCAAGCGUGGUUCUUUGAAUCUCUUGAUUGAGCAAAGCAUGUCCCAAGAAGGAUUAUGAAAUCCCUUGGUUGAGCUGAUUAUCUUUUUUUUUGCUAACCGAGUAUCCUAGCCCCAAAUAUGGUCCUCUAACGUCUCUAGUGAAUUUGGCUUCUUCAUCUAAGGAGAUCAAUGGCCUUCUUUACCUUAAACGUUUUGACAAAACUCAGGUUUUCCAUCACCUUAGAAAACGAGUUCUCGAGGAAACAUUGUGUGUUUCGCAUUGCCACCUCCGCACUUCAUGCGAGCUAGUACAAUAUAUUUAGCGUUCUUUCGUAGAAGUCUAGGAAACACAUGUGGGAGAGGCCUAAUCUCUGAAAAAGCUAAAUUAUAUGGUUUGAACUUCGUUCGAGAGAAAUGUACGAAUCUACAAAAUCUAAAAACUUCAAUAUUAUUCAGAAAAGAAGAAGAAUAAACUUCUCUAAGGAGUCUUCUCGAAGGUAUUAAGGCUUGUGUGACUUAAGGUUCGUCUUUUUAACUUAAUAUAUACACAUCAUAUUUUCUAGGAUUCUACUCAUUUAUUCUGAUUUUGUUUAAGGUUUGGAUAAAUUUAUUUUAUUUUAUUUUGUGGAAUGUUAAUUAGGCAUGUCAUAAUAGAAAAGCUAGCCAGAUUUGAGGUACAAUCUCAUAUAUGGUUUGUUAGGACGUCUAUUCGGAAAUUCAACAUUCAUAAACAAAUAAUAUGUUAUGAAUAAAUACAUUUCAUGUAACAUUUAACAAUCAGAACAUUAAAAUAUUAUUUUGCAUUUUUUCAUUUGCCAUUUAGCUAAUUUUCUCUCUAAAUGUUUGUCACUAAUUCAUUUUUAAAUAAUGCUAGAAUUUUCAACUCUACGAAACGUCAUUGGCUACGUAUAUUUGAUUUACUUAAUUAGCAUAUAUAUAUAUAUAUAUAUAUGUUAUGUGGCUUCUUUGGUCAUUUCUAAUCAGUGGCAAACAAAAAUGGAUAAAAGAUGGAGUCUUCAAGGGAUGGCUGCUCUUGUAACAGGUGGAGCCAGCGGAAUUGGGCAUGCCAUAGUAGAUGAGCUAGCCGGUUUUGGAGCUAGAAUCCAUGUAUGCGACAUAUCUGAAAUACUGCUAAAUCAAAGUUUAAAUGAAUGGGAAAAGAAAGGGUUUCAAGUUAGUGGCUCAAUCUGUGAUGUAUCCUCACGUCCCGCUAGAGAAACACUUAUGCAGACCGUCUCAAUGAUGUUCGAUGGCAAGCUCAACAUUCUUGUGAACAACGUUGGCGGACUUCGCACAAAGCCAACAACAGAAUAUCUGGCUGACGAUUUCUCGUUCCAUAUUUCAACAAACUUAGAAUCUGCUUAUCAUCUUAGCCAACUUUCACAUCCUCUCCUAAAAGCUUCUGGAUUUGGAAGCAUUGUCUUUAUUUCGUCUGUUGGAGGAGUUGUAUCGAUGGAAGGUGGCUCUAUCUACUGUUUAACCAAAGGAGCUAUAAAUCAACUAGCACGAAAUUUGGCGUGUGAAUGGGCACGUGACAACAUAAGAGCCAACGCUGUUGCUCCUAAUUUUAUCCAGACUGCUAUGGCUCAACCUCUCCUCGGAAAUGCCGGCUACAAGAAGAGUUUGUUUAAUAGAACUCCACUAGGUCGCGCUGGAGAGCCAAAAGAGGUUGCAUCCCUUGUGGCUUUUCUGUGUCUACCCGCAGCUUCAUAUAUUACUGGUCAAACCAUUUGUGUUGAUGGAGGUCUCACUGUGAAUGGUUUGUCCUACCAACAACAGGCUUGAGCCGAGAGUUGUGUUUGUGUGGCAAUUCAUUAUUGAAAUAUUUUUUUCCACAAAUUAUCAAUUGAUGCAUUUCAUAAUGAAUAAUGCGCUUCUCUAUCUUUGA